UAAAAUAUAAUUAUUAGCCAAUAAUUUAUAAAAACCCAAUCAGUUACUAAAGUCACAAGUCAAUUCCAUCGAUUUGGUAGAAUUUUUGUUUAUUUUGGAUGUUUCGGACAACCAUUUUGUUGGUCUCUCGUCUCUCCGAGCAGUUUGAUUCCGACGAUUACAUAAGUACUUGACUGAUCUCUGAGGUCCGUAUUUGGUCAGAAGCUGUUAAAACCACAAAGUUGCCAUUUGUGACCAAAGUUCUAGAGGAAAGUCUCAUUUUCAAUCGAUCCAAGAAAGAGGAAGAACAGAAGAUAUUCAUAUACGCCAUGGCUAGACCUGUGAGCUCUGCCACCAGAGCAGCCGUGGGGUCGUUGACUGCCACCAUUACGUUGGAGAAUCCAGAGGGAUCAACAUCUUCUUCUCUGUCGUCUACUCAGCCACAGAAGUCGGAAACUCUAACUAUUCGCCUUAACCGAAAGAAGAAGCAAGUAUCGUGGAAAGAGGGGACUGUGGACAAUGAGUUUAUGCAGAAGAAAAGUUCCAAAAAGUGUUGUAUUUUCCACAAGCAGAAGCCGUUUGACGAGGACGACAGUGAUCAGGAAAAUGAAGAUCACCGCCAUGACAAGGACGACAAUAAGGGAUGUUGCUCCAAGGAUCAUGAUUAGUUGUAAGGAUCACAAUUUGGUGACCGAUUGAUUAAUUUUUGGGAUUUUGUGUGUGGAUACUUUAACUUUGUACCGGAAAAUAAAAUGAAAACAAAAAGAACAGUUAUUGCUGCA